ACUCUCAUAGUCUACGACAUAGAAUUUUUAGAUGCACUUUAAUUAGAAAUCCACACAUUCUCUUUGAUGUCGAUGGUGAAUGUUGGUUACCGUACGCCAUGUCUAAAGGAAUAGAGCUGGAAGACAUCAGAUUGGACUCUGAGACAGAGCCUGAGGACCCAUCCAGUUCCCUUGAUUCUGAUGCUGGUGAGCAACCCCCUCCCCAGGAAGAGCCAAAACCCAAGCGAGAUUUCUCAAAAUGCUCACUGGUCGAAGCUGCUCAGUAUGGUCUCUUAGCAAGGUGUCGUGAGUUGGUAGAGGUGGAGGGUGCGAGUGUGACCAAGGCUGAUGAGGAGGGCAUAACUGUUCUGCACUGGGCAGCCAUCAAUAAUCGUAUUCCAGUGGCCAGCUACUUCCUUCAGAAGGGAGCAGAUAUCAACGCCCUCGGAGGAGAGUUGAAAUCAGCUCCCAUGCACUGGGCAGUGAGACAAGGUCACCUGAGCAUGGUAAUCCACCUGAUGCGUUACGGUGCUCUCCCCGAGAUUGCUGAUAGCGAAGGCCUCAACUGUCUUCACAUUGCAGCUCAGUUUGGGUUCACUGCCAUUGUGGGAUACCUUAUAUCCUGUCGAACCCCUGUGUUCAUAGACUGUAGAGACAACCUGGAGAGGACUCCACUCAUGCAUGCUGCAGCCAGAGCCAACAGAGGUUUUGAUACAACUCGUCUGCUGGUGUCCUUCGGAGCUGACAUGGUAGCCAAGGACAACAACAACGACUCUGCCCUCCACCAUGCUUCUGCUAACCUCAACUAUCUAGCAACCAAAGUAUUGUCUGAAGCUGGAGCACCACUAGAGGAAAAGAACAAAGAGGGCAAGACUCCUUAUGAUUUGGCCAUGGAGAACCAGAAUCACUAUGGUGUGGACCAGAUUGUCAUGGCCAGACAGAAGAAGAGCCCUAGGGGCAUCAGAGAGUACAUCACCAGAGAGCCGCGUGUGAGCUGGUGGGUGAUGUUCCUGUUCCCCGGAGUCUUCCUCACUCUGUUUGGCUGGGUGGGUGUCAUCUGUCCUAACUGGUGGACUUACCUCAUCUCAGCCUCUGCCAUGAGCUGGCUGUCCCAGGCCAUUGUCAGGAUUUACUUGCCUGUUCUCGGUGACAACAACCCUGCUGCCUUUGGGAUUGUGGUGGGGUUCAAGGUACAGCUCUACUUUACGGCCACGUUGGUACUGGCGAGUGGGGGCAUUCUGGAGCACUACAUUCUCAUGCAUCUCUUUCUCUUUCUCACACUUGCCAUCUUCUACAAGACCUCCAAGAGUGACCCCGGGCUAAUUCCCAGGAACACAAGCAUUCAGGAGGCACACAGGGUGUUUGUGGAUCUUUGCGAGAAGGGCCUCUAUACUGACUCCGCCUUCUGUGCAACAUGCCUGGUUCGCCGCCCCCUUCGUUCCAAGCACUGUGCAGCGUGUAACCAGUGUGUGGCGAGGUUCGACCACCAUUGCCCGUGGAUCAAUAACUGUGUGGGUCUGCGCAAUCAUAAGAUGUUCCUGGCCUACCUAGUGUGUCUGUUGGUGAUGCUCACCUGGGCUGCAAAGGACUCUCUGCUCUACCUCUACCAUUACCACCCGGCUGACCACGGCAACUUCAUCGUGAGGUCGUAUCAUUACAUCACCGUAGACCCCUGGAUGGGUUACGUCCUCCUCUCCUGCUUCCUGCACAUGACCUGGGUGUCUCUGCUGCUACUGGGACAGCUCUUCCAGGUCAUCUGUCAAGGAUUCACCACAAACGAGCUGCGGAAUCGCUACAGAUACGACUACUUUGCCAAGUUUGGAGGCUCGAAUCCAUUCCAUCGUGGAGUGCUGGCUAAUUGUGCUGAUUUCUUUGGGUUCACGUGCUGUCAGCCGGCCAAGGUGGACUGGACUAACACGUAUGACCUGCCCCGGAACUACAGUGAGGCGGUGACACUGGCCAACGAGGAGGAGGAGUCUCAGAGCGUCAAAAUACCCCUCCCCUUUAGCUCCACUUGGGACCCCUCUGGCAAGAAGCAGCAUCGCAGGACUCAUGGUGGUGGUGGGAGGAACGGCUAUGUGAGCUCUGACGAGGAGAGCACCACUUGUCAACAACAGUUUGCAGCCAACCAAGAGUUCUCCAUUUAAACAAUCAAAACUAUGUAGAUUUCAGCCAUAUUUUCUGUAUGUAUUAAUUUUAGAACUGUAUAGUUUCUCUAUUCUUAACGUGUGAACUCUUAAUAUCUAAUUGUAUGACCAUUUGAUUUUUGUAUUGUUUUCAUUAGGAAUUUUUUCAUUGAAAAACAGGUUGAAAACAGUUG